AGGAAAUUUGAGCGAUUUUCAAGAGAGGUUGGCCUUCUCGAACUCCCAAAUCCUUGGCCGGCUGGGUGCGUUGGAGCGCUUGACACCCUCUCAAAAUCAAGCAGAGGGCCAAAACCUUGCCUCGAUUGCAUGCAUGCAGCACCGAACAGCAACAAAGCUGUCCUUGUUACCAUUGUCCUGUAGCCAGCUAGUCGCUACAUAGCACAACACUAUGCCUCCCAAGCGUGGCAAGAAGCAGAAGGCUGCUCCCAAGGCCAAAAAAGAGGAGGAAGCCAAGAAAGAAGAGGAAGCCAAGAAGGAGGAGGAGACCAAAGAUGAAUCCAAGGCAGAAGAAUCCAAGGAGGAGUCUGUGAAGGACGAAGCCGACGACAAAAAGGAAGCCGCCAAGGAGGAUUCAAAGGAUGACGACAAGAAAGAUGACAAAAAGGAAGAUGACAAAAAAGAGGAGGCCAAGGACGACGAUGACAAGAAAGAUGACAAGGAGAAAGCAGCCAAGGCUGAUGACAAAAAAGCCGAUGAUGACAAAAAGGCCGAUGACGACAAAAAAGAUGUGAAGGAAGAUGACAAGAAGGAAGAAACCAAGGCUGAUGACAAAAAGGAAGACGAUGACAAAAAAGAGGCAGCUAAAGACGACAAAAAGGCUAAGGAGGAGGAGGACAAAAAGGAUGCAAAGGAGGCGGAAUCAAAGGACGAUGAUAAGAAGGAGGAGGACAAGAAAGAGGAGUCUAAAGAUGACAAGGAAGAAGGGUCCAAAGAUGACAAGAUAGAGGAGUCCAAAGAUGAUAAAAAGGAAGAUGAUAAGAAAGAAGACGAUGAAAAAGACAAGAAAGAUGACGACAAGAAGGAAGACGAAGAGGAGGAAGAAGAGAAGCCCAAAGCCAAGGGCAAGGGAAAAGGCCGGGGCAAAAAGGCACCCGCCGCUAAAAAGGGCAAGGCCGCUGCCAAGAAGGAAGUGAAAGAGGAGGAGGAAAAGGAAGAAGAAAAACCUAAAGCCAAGGGCAAGGGGCGAGGCAGAGGAAAAGCUAAAAAGGAGGAGGAGAAAGAAGAGGAGGAAGAAAAACCUAAAGCCAAGGGACGUGGCAAGGGCAAGAAAGCAGCACCUGCCAAGAAGAAAGCCAAGAAAGAGGAGGAGGAAGAAAAGGAAAAUGGCAAGGAAGAUGACGACGAGAAGGUCAAGAAAGAAGAGGAUGAUGCAGAGAUGGAAGAUGCUGAUGACAAGAAGGAAGGUGAAGACGACAAGAAGCGAAAAGGCGAUGGCGAAAAGUCUACUCCAUCUGGAAAGCGCGCUAGAAAGUCCUCCACUACGGCUGCCUAUGUGCCUGAUGACUUUACUGAGAAGAAGAACUACGUGAAGGUGAUCAAGGGACGAGGAGAAAAGCUUCGUAAUCUGACAUCUGUCAAGGCUGCCAUUGACAAGCACCCUGUGACCUCCGAUUCGUUUCAGUCCGCCUUCAAGUUCGUCUUCCCUUCCCGCGGGCGCAUCAACAAGAACGUUGCCAAGGCCCAGCUGCUUGACUACUCUGGUUACCUGCCCGAGCGCGACGAAGACUUUGACCAAGAAAAGGGCGAAAAGUUGGAUGAGGAAAUCGAGACCAAGUACUCCAAGAAGGCUUACAAGAUGACAGUUCCGGAGAUUAAAAAGCUGUGCGACUUUUUCGAUGUGGACCGCACGCCCGGACCCGACGAUAAAAAGGUGGACAAGGAUGUCCUGAUAGACCGUCUUUUGGAUUUCUUGUCGAAUCCCGAAGAAGAAUUCACCAAUGCUCACAGCAAGAACAAGAAGACGGCUCCGCCACCCAAGAAGAAGGCGAAAAAGGGCAAAGCCAAAGAAGAGGACGAGGAUGGUGAUGAAGAAAUGGAAGACGCCAAAGAUGAUGAGGAGGAAGACGACGAAGAGGAAGAAGGAGAUGACAAGGGCAAGGCUGAAGGGGAUGGCGAGGGAAAGAUGCCUACCGACAAGGAAUUGCGCAAGUGGGUCAAGGCAUAUGUUGCGUGCCACAACAUGAACACCGCUACAACGAAGCAUGCGUUGGAAGUUGCCUCGAGCAAGUUUGGGAUCGAUAUGAAAGGCAAAAAGAAGACAAUCAAGCUCAUGCUCACCGAAGAAUGUUAGAGCAUAGCUUGGCUUGUCUCUUCUCUUAUUUUGUGGUGUAGUAUUACAGUAUUCAUUGCUUAUUGCUUUAAAGAAACGUUAUUUGUGAAAUCACCUUUGUCGGCUCAGAUAGAUAGUUUGGGUGCUAUACAGUCGUACCGUUCCCGUUCUUUAUGAUGGCUCAUUGAUGGUAAAAAAGUGUUUGGCUCCGGGAGAUGGAAACAUUAGCCGCACUGCUUUUUCAUUCCCUGAAGUGUUUGCAUUACCUCGCGAGCUCCAUUCCGAAGAAGGGUAUCGAGAGAGCGCAGAAUGAUACGGCCAGUGUCCCAUAUUAUGGUGGGGAGAUGGAGACAAACCAUGAAUACAAAUUGUGCGCUUGCUUCUAAUGGAGGGAUGAUGCAUGAGCUCUACGGUACCGUACCAGUACAGCACAAAUCUGGAUCUCGAGGUUCUCUACCGUAGCUAGUACCUGUAGAGCAUUACCAGUUGAACAACGAAGAAACGUAACAGUGUCUCUAU